GCUAUGAUUGUACUUUGUGAGCGUAGCGUCAAUAUUAAAUUCAUUUGGAAUUUGUUUUACAUGUUAUACAAUUCACUGAAUAUUGCAAUUAAUAAGUGCUAGAUAUCGCAUUCAGUAGAUAAAUUUGCUUACUGCAUUCUUUGAAUUUGCUGAUAUGGAUGAUGAUGUUAGUUCCGACUUACAGAAGUGUCUGUCGGAUGGACCUAUGGAAACAGAUGAAGGGCCCUUGAUAAAUGAAAACUCUAACGGGCUUUCUCACCUCCUUACUGAGGGAGAAUUCAAUAGUGUUGAUGCUGUUGUGGCGGACGAAUCGUCGGCAUCGAAUCAAGGUUUCCUCAAUGCGGUCGAGUUGUCAGCGGGUAGCGUGGGUGACUACUUGAAUAACAAACCGGACAGUUUCAAUGGGGAUUCUUUCGAUGUCGGCGACAACGCGAUUACUUUCCCGAGUGAUUCUCUAAAAUGUGAGAAGCCCAAAAUGGAAACUGAUUUUGAUCAAGAGCCUGUCAGUGAAUUAUCAAAUGAUGUGACUUCUGAACAUAUUGAUGACCCAUCCAAUAAAAUGGAUGAUGACAGUGUCACAGGUGACCUGAAAUUUAGUGAAUCCACCAAUAAUAGCAUGAUGGCAAAUGAAGCAACACUGGACAGAGAGGAUGAUAUUUUUGAAAGUACAAGAGAGUUUGAAGAAUAUUCACAUAAAAAUGAAGAACAGGUUAUAGAAGAAGAGAAAACUGAAGAGGUUAUAGAUGAAGAGAAAACUGAGAAAACUCCACAAGAAUCUGAAGAAGCUGAGAUAAUAACAAAUGCAGCAAAAGAAGAACAGGUUGUAAAAGAAGAUAAAAUGGAAACUGAGACUAAACCACCACUAAUAACUGAGGCAGUAGCAGCAGAAGAGGAAGUACCAGUUGAAGUGACAGAAUUGAGUCAAAAUGAAGUUGCUGAUAUAGUUAAAGCUACUGAAGAAAAAGAAAGCAAGAAAAUGGAAGAGUCUCAUGGUGCAGAAGAAACAGAAGUUGUGUCAGAGGAUGAAUUACCAGCGGUACAGAAGCCCAGUGUGAAAGAUGCCGAAAAUGUAUCUGAUGAUGAGCUACCUGGACCUAAGCCAGCUGAGCUACCAGCUGAUACAGAGGUUGUGUCUGAAGAUGAACUGCCUACUUCGAAAAAAGAGGCCAAAGAAUCGCGUAAACGCAAACCUGAUAAAGAAAGGGAUGGCUAUGAUCCAGGCUCACCUACAUCAGAGAAUGAAUCAUCUAAUAAAAAGCAAGCUGUAGCAAAGAAUGGAGAGAGUAAACCAGUUCCAGCUGAGAAAAGAUCAUCUAUUGAUGAGAAACCCAAGAAAAAAACACUGCCUGAAUUGGAUAAAUAUUGGAAAGUAGUCAAUGAUGAUCCUACUGACUUCACUGGAUGGACAUAUCUUCUGCAGUAUGUAGAUCAAGAGAGCGAUGUGGAGGCGGCUCGCGAAGCGUACGACGCUUUCUUGUCACACUACCCGUACUGCUACGGCUACUGGCGAAAGUACGCCGAUUACGAAAAACGCAAAGGAAGUAAAAAGAAGUGCCUCGAGGUUUUGGAAAGGGGACUGAAAGCUAUCCCCCUAUCAGUUGACUUGUGGAUACAUUAUCUGAAUCACAUAAGAUCAAUAAGAACUGAAGACCAUGCCUAUAUCAGAUCGCAGUAUGAAAGGGCUAUUGAGGCAUGUGGAUUGGAAUUUAGAUCAGAUAGAUUAUGGGAAUCUUAUAUUAAGUGGGAAGCAGAAAACGGUUCAGCCCUUAAUGUAACUAACAUUUAUGAUCGUUUGUUGGCAACACCAACUCUUGGGUAUACAUCACAUUUUGACAAUUUCCAAGAGCACGUGAUGUCGGAGCCGGUGACGGGCGUUGUGAGUCAGGCGGAGUUAGUACGUCUGCGGGGGGAGGUGCGCGACGCGGCCGGCGCGCAGCCGCAGCUCGACCUGCCGCCCGGCGAGGACGAGCCCGGCGACCACGUAGCAUCUGAAGAAGAAGCUCAGUCUAUAAAGGAGCGCAUUAUCGCGGCCCGAAGGAAGAUUCACAAAGCUACUGGUGAGGAAGUUACCGCACGAUGGACUUUCGAAGAGGGGAUAAAACGGCCGUAUUUCCACGUGAAGCCCCUGGAACGUUGUCAGCUAAAGAACUGGAAGGCAUACUUAGAGUGGGAGAAGCAGCACGGCUCGCUGAAACGCGCUUUAGUUCUGCACGAGAGGUGCCUUAUUGCUUGCGCGUUGUACGAGGAGUUCUGGAUGAGGUUGAUAAAAUUCCUCGAAGAACGGGCUGAAACGGAACCGGAACUAAUAGCGGUUGAGCGGGAAGUGUUGGAACGCGCCUGUACCGUGCACCACCUCGACAAACCAGAGUUGCACCUUCACUGGGCUCACUUCGAAGAGGUGCAGGGCAAUCAAGCCAAGGCAGCCGAGAUACUGGACCGUAUUGAGAAGACUUGCCCAACUCUAGUCCAGAUACAGUACAGGCGUGUUAAUCUUGAGCGUCGAAGAGGCGACUUCGAUAAAUGCGUGCAGCUAUACGAAGGUUACAUCGCAUCUGCUAAGAACAAGACAAUCGCUUCAGCUCUGACGAUCAAAUACGCUCGUUUCUUAUUCCACGUGAGGAAAGAUCCCGCAGCCGCGAGGAAAGUGCUUGACGAAGCCAUCACAAAGGAUCCAUUGAACCAAAGAUUACACAUGCAGAGAUUAGAUCUGGCGCUUCAUACCCCUGGCGUCGCUUAUGCGGAACUGGAAGAACUGGUCGGUUCGUACGAGCGCGAGGAGGGCGCCGAGGUGGAGGUAUCGGCGGCGAUGGCGUGGCGCCGCCGCGAGCUGGCGGAGGAGCUCGGGGACGCGGGCGCGGCGCGCAGGGCUCACCAGCACGCGCGCGCGCUCGCCAAGCACAUGCGCAAGCGGGCGCGCAAGGACAAGCACGAACCCCCGCCCCCGCCCAGCUCCGCAUCAAGUGACGCGUCUAAGAAGAAGGACGGUACUAGUGCGAGCGCCGCCACUACUACAGCAGCCAGUUCUUACUACCAAACGCCGGCAGCCACGGCGCAGUCUUACGAGCAGUCCUACGCGCAGCCCUACCAACCCCCCUGGGGCUACCAGCAACCCCCCGGGCCCUACCAGCAUCACGCACCCUGGCCACAAUACCCCAACUACUACUAA